GGGGAUCGAGUAGGGUUUUACAGUUUCGUGUCUGGGUAUAUUUGUGACGAACUUGCCUGAUCGGACGGCGCGCCGACGCGAUGCUUCGCUCCCUAUUCCGCCGCCAUCCGCUCCCUCCAUCAAAGCUAAUCCAUUGCGUCUUCUUCUCCACCGGCACAUCCGUCUCCUCCUCAGGCGUAACCGCUUCUCCAGAUCCCCAUUUCCUGGUCGAGUACCUCGUGCAUACGUGCGGGUUCUCCGCCGACGAUGCUUCCAAGGUCUCAAAGUCGCUCCCCCGCUUUCAGUCCACCGAGAAGCUCGAUGCUGCUCUUGGAUUCUUCAGAUCUCAGGGCUUUGAUGGCGCUAAUCUCAGAAAGAUAAUAUCUCGGAGGCCAGGAUUGCUCUGCAGGGAUGUGGAGAACAGUCUCGGUCCAAAGUUCAAAAUUUUGCGCGACAUGGGGUUAUCUGAGUCCCACAUCGUCAAUGCCGUUAUGCGGCACCGCAUCAUUCUUUCCCUCGACGUCCAGAACACGCUUCUCCCCAAAUUGAAGGUUUGGGAAAGUUUAUUUGGAUCGAGGGAGAUCCUCCUCAGGAAACUCCGGGGUUGUAAUCGGUUUAUAAGCGCCAGCAUUGAGAAAGUGAACCCAGAUACCCUCCGGGCUCUGGUAGAUAGAACUGUGGGGCUUGGAGUUCCCCGUGGAUCUGGAAUGUUCCUCUGGAUCCUUUUUGCGCUGCAUGCGGUAAGAAGGAAAAAAUUUGAGGCUCAACUCAAGCUCAUGAACAAUUUUGGUUGGUCGAACUCGGAUUUCAUUACUGCAAUCAAGACACAACCACGCUUUUUACUCCUUUCCAUAGAGUCAUUGCAGAGAAAGAUGGAGUUUUUGGUCAAUGAUGUUGGAAUUUCACCUUCAGACAUUGCUCACUGCCCGGCGCCUUUAGUGCUAAGUUUGGAAAAGAGGUUAAUUCCUCGAUUUCGUGUUAUGGAGAUAUUGAAAUCUGAAGGGUUAUGGACGUCAACAAACAAGCUACAUGGAGUUUUAUCAUUAUCUGGUCCAAAGUUUUUGCAGAAGUUUGUGCAACCUUACCAAGCUAUACUCCCCAAACUUCUUGAAGUCUUGUGAGUUGUAUCUGAGUUCAAAGGGAAUAAUCCAAAACUGCUAAUGAACGCAUGAUUUACAUAGGUUUGAUUUUUAUGACUGGAUAAGCAAUGAUAUUGAACCAAUUUUGUUGUAGUUUUCAUAUGGUUGACAUGCCCUAUUCAUAUUCUGUAUUAUGAAUGUAACUGUUCCUUUAGGCAUGAGGAUGUUAGGUUUUCGGA